GCCUCUUGUUUUGUACUCAAUCGUCGUCGUGUACGCCAAAGAUAGGAAGAGCAGAGCGCAAGGAUGCCGGCUAGCCUGGUGACGUCGUCGCUCCUCCCGCCGUGCCGCGCGGCCGCGACGUCGGCGCGCGCGUUGCGUUCGUUCGCCCGCCGGCCGCCGCCUUCGUCCGCCGGUCUCGUCCGCGUGCGCUGCCACGCUGCCACUCCGCCGCCGCCGGAGGUCCCGGGCCAGACGACGCCGCCCGAGGUGCCUGGCACGGACCGCCAGCCGCUCGAGGUGCCGGGGACGAACCGCCCGCCGGACGAGGUGCCGAGCAUCGACACGCCGCCAGAGUUCAACGCGCCGCCGGGCGUCGACGUGCCGAUGCCGGGGCAGCCAGCGCCCGGACCGGAGCUCCCGGGUCCGGCGAUGCCGUCGCCGCCGGCGCCGGAGGUCCCUGUCGUGCCGCCCAACCCCGACGUACCGCCGCCACAGCUCCCGGAGGUGGACCCGCCCAGUCCGCCGCCCGAGGUCGUCCCGCCGGAGCCGCCAGGCACCGCGACGGCGCCGCCUCCCUUUGUGUAGCUCCGUGGCUCCGCCGCCGUCGAUGGCGCGGGCCGGUGGCAGGUGGACAGGGCGGGCGGCAUGCGAAUGAACCACGUAGGAGUGUACAAAGUAGUUAGAAGGCAUGUUGUUCACGGGUCACGGCUGGGCAAGUUUGCUAUUGGUU